UCACAUAUGUUUUGUGUUAGGCUGCAAAUAGUCAGUCAGGUUUGAUGCAUGAAUCCUUGAGUCUGUUCUUUCUCGUCUCCAUUCGAAAUGGCCCAGGGAUGUCCCCCACCCCCUUCCUACAACGAAUCAGUCAAAGGGUGUCCCAAUCCACCCUCUCGACGGAACAGUUAUGGCGCACCCUCGGGUGGUCCCACUUGGCUCUACCAUUUCCCCCAGCAGAGCCAAUUCAACUCGCCGUAUUCCAGUCUUCAAUACGAAGAGAUAAGUCCAUCCCGAGCCCUAUCUCAGCUGCCUGCCAGUAGUAGCAAACUGAACUUGGGUGAGGAUCCUGUACACAUGACCUGUCCAUACUGUCACCAAGUGAUUGUGUCAGUAACGAGUCCAGAAAUUGGAUGCUUUGCUUACGCGCUCUCCGCCAGUUUGUGCCUUAUUGGAUGUUGGCCUUGUGCCUUUUUGCCUUGUUGCAUCUCCGACCUCUUGGACGUCACCCACACCUGUCCCAAAUGCAAAAGAUUUCUCGACACCUUCAAGCGAGGGGGUCUUUAAGGACUAGACCAUUGUAAUUCCCAAGAAUGGUGGGAAAUCCAGUUUUCUUAUCAGUCAGUUCAUCUCCAUUCUCUCUCUGUUACAUGCCUCACGUUAACCAUGUCAGCCAUUUAGUGUAUGAUUCCUGCAAAUAGAACCAUUUUCGAGUGUUUUUAUUCA